AUGAAAACACUCCAGCCUGCAGCUAAUGGCAUCUCCACCGUGUUUUGGUUGUUGUCAACAAUAACAAUCUGUCUACGGUUAUGGUCGAGGUAUUUCAUUAUAAAAAACUUUGGAUGGGACGAUGCUGUUAUGAGUGCAAUUCUGGUUUUUAAUGCUGGUCAACAAGGCAUGUUUUAUCUUUUUGUUCGUUUUGGUGGCGGAUUGCAUAUCGGAGAUGUUAGCACCGAAGAGCUUCUCACACUGACAAAGGCGCUUUUUGCCGAAGAGAUAUACUACAUAUGGAUGCAUUUUACAAUAAAAAUGUCCUUUCUCUUCUUCUACCUUCGAAUCUCGCAUACUAGGCAAUUCACCUACUUGGUCUACGGAACAAUGGGUCUUGUUACGACCUUCACAAUUAUAGCUUGGCUGAUUUAUUGUCUUCAAUGCAUCCCGCUUGCGGCAUUCUGGGAUGCAGCAGCUUACCCCGACGCUAAGUGUUUGUCUACGAAGAUUACAUAUUAUGUUGCUGUAGCAUUGUGUAUCACAGGAGACCUCAUAGUUCUAACACUACCCAUUCAGCCACUGUGGAACAUGCAGGCCAGCCGUCGCCGCCGUAUUGCAUUGAUUGCCGUCAUCACUUUUGGUGGAGUCUCGCCUCUAGUCUCCUUCCUCCGUAUAAUAGUCCUUCACGAGUUCGAGGUCAGCCCAGACUUCACUUGGACAUUGGGGAAGAUGGUUAUUGUCUCGGCAAUUGAACUUGACGUCGCCAUCAUGGUAUCGAACGCAGCAUCAUUGAAAGCCAUCUGGGUUAGAUAUAUCACCAAGAAGCCAUUCGACUCGACGGGUCAACCAGGUUCAUCAUCGUACCAAAAGCAGAAACAUUCCGCUGCAUCAAACGAGCUCUCUGAGCUGCCAUACGGCUCCCGGCCUAAACGACUCAGACGCACUCGCGUGGCAUCUAUUCCUGGUGACACCACAUGCGAGCGUGGGGAGCACUGGCAUAAUGAGUCUGAGGAAGAGCUGUUCCACCAAAAUGGAAUUAAAGUCACAUCAUCAGUCGACAUGGUUAGUAAAAGAGACAGGUCGACAUCAUCUGCGGAGUUGAACCGGAAUUAUUUUGAAUUUACUAGAAAAUAA